UGAACAUAUGGAAUGAAAUGGUAGGUUAUAAGCCUGCAUGAUGGGACAAGUUACUUUAUCAUUUAUGCUUUUCAUGGGGGGCUGUCUGCCUGUUAAGCCCACGUAAACAGGAGUUUCAUUGAUCCGCGUCGUUUUUUCUCCCCUCGGUUCUCACUCUCGUCCGGGCGGCAGGGUGAUGAAGCAAACUGAAAAUCGUCUCCUCAGCUCAUGACAGACGCUACAGACUUUUUUUUUUUUUUUUCUAUUAUCACGAACAAUCGGAGACCUAACAUGAAUUUGGCAUUUCUUAUUAUAGUAGCCGCGCUGUGGACCGCGAACAGCGGCGUGUGUUACUCCAGCAGCGUCCCUUCAUUCAUCCUGCCUUUCACAGACUGCUUGCAGAGCCGUGGGAAAGACGCUUUCUACCGGGGAGCAAUAGACGUCACCGAGUCCGGGAGCCGGUGCAUGAACUGGACUGAGGUGACCGGCUUCACGGAUCGCCACCCGGGCAAAGGAAUAGGAGAGCACAAUCACUGUCGCAACCCGGACGGCAGGAUAAGACCCUGGUGCUUUUUCAGGAACCACAAAGGCAGAGUGGACUGGGGCUACUGCGACUGUAAACAAGGCUCUGUGCGUCUGCUAGGAGGCUGCUCCAAGCUCGAUGGCAGGGUGGAAGUCUAUCUGGGAGGAGAGUGGGGGUCUAUCUGUAGCGAUGAUUGGGGCGACCAAGACGCUGUAGUGGUUUGUAGACAGCUGGGCAAGGGGAUCUCAGGUAGUGCACGUGCAGUUCCUCUGUUUCGUCCAGGAUUGGCCAAGCUUCAUUGGAGAGCCAUCCACUGCCAGGGAGAUGAGCCAGACCUGCUCCAAUGUCCAAAGACCAGCUGGAAUGGAGGGGAGUGUUCUCUGGCUGCAGCCAUCACCUGCACCCCGCAGCCAUUGAUAGUGUCACUCCCCAUACGACUGGUUGGAGGCCAGUCAAGGUCAGAGGGCACAGUUGAGGUUUUCCAUGCAGGGCAAUGGGGUUCAAUAUGUGACGACCAAUGGGACGACAGUGAUGCAGAGGUGGUGUGUCGACAGCUAGGGCUUAGCGGCGUGGCCAGGGCAUGGGGCCAGGCACAUUUUGGCAAAGGUUCAGGACGUGUGUGGCUGGAUGAGGUGCGGUGUACCGGCAAUGAACUCACUCUGGAGCAGUGUCCCAAAAGUGGCUGGGGGGAACACAACUGUCUGCACUCCGAGGACGCAGGAGUGUCCUGCAACCCUCUUACAGAUGGUACUGUUCGGCUAGCAGGGGGUUCAGGCAGCAACGAGGGACGUCUAGAAGUCUUCUACAGAGGUCAGUGGGGUACAGUGUGUGAUGACGGCUGGACGGACUCUAACACACAAGUGGUGUGCAGACAACUUGGUUACAGUGCAUGUCUACCUUCCAGAUUAGGUGAGACUCUCCUCUCCGAAGGACUAGACAUCACCCCGGUCCCACGCUUUGGGGUGGGGUCAGGUCCAAUUCUUUUGGACGAUGUGAGCUGCACAGGGAAGGAGCCCAGCCUAAUACUGUGCAACAAGAGGGAGUGGCUCCGUCAUGACUGCACACACCAUGAAGACGUUAACAUCGCGUGCAGCCCUGAACGCAUCGGAGAAAGUCUUCCUGCUAAUGUUCCAGUAAGGCUUGUGGGAGGAGAGACCCCGAGGGAAGGCAGGGUGGAGCUCUAUCUGGCAGGUCAAUGGGGGACCGUGUGUGACGACGGAUGGACUGACCAUGACGCUGAGGUGGUUUGCCGACAGUUGGGAUACAGUGGAGCCUCGAAGGCCCGUGUGAUGGCAUACUUCGGGGAGGGGACGGGGCCAAUCCACGUGGACAAUGUGAAGUGUAGCGGCGAGGAGCGCUCUUUGGCGGACUGCAUCAAACAGGCACCCGGCACACAUAACUGUCGCCAUAGUGAGGAUGCCGGGGUCAUUUGUGACUAUGGUGAAUCACAGCCCGGCUACAAAGAAGUCAAAGGUGCCACAGGUCUGUUUUUUCAUCCUGACAACUCAAUUUGUGGUCUGCGGCUCAAACACACUCGCCAGCGACGAAUCAUAGGAGGAGAGAACUCUCUGAGGGGCGGCUGGCCAUGGCAGGCAGCAAUACGUCUGCGAGGGUCUCGUGGAGACGGGAGGUUGGUGUGUGGAGCGACUGUAAUCGACACCUGCUGGGUCCUCACCUCUGCACACUGCUUCAAGAGGUAUGGAAACAGCACCAAGCAGUAUAAAGUCAGAGUGGGCGACUACCACUCGCUUGUCCCCGAAGAGUACGAGGAGGAGUACGCCGUCGAUCAGAUCGUCCUUCACCCAAGCUACCACUCCCAGAGCAACGAUUACGAUCUGGCCUUGGUCCGUCUGUCACCAGGAGCAGUGGGCCACAUGCCGGGAGAGUGCGUGUCAUUCAGCAGACAUGUUCUUCCUGCCUGCCUGCCCAUGAGGAAAGAGAGAGUGCUCAAGCAAGCCAGCAACUGUCACAUCACCGGCUGGGGUGACACAGGUCGCUCAUACUCCAAGACCCUGCAGCAGGCCCCCCUCUCCUUACUCCCCCGGCGUCACUGCCAGCAGCACUUCCAAGGAGCCUUCACAAGCCGCAUGCUCUGCGCCGGCAGCAUCCAGCCGGAGAGGCGGGUGGACAGUUGUCGUGGCGACAGUGGAGGUCCGUUGGUGUGCGAGCGCCCAGGAGGGGGUUGGGUGGUUUAUGGGGUGACGUCCUGGGGCCAUGCCUGCAGGACACAACAGUCCCCCGGCGUCUAUACCAGAGUCUCUGCCUUCAGCUCCUGGAUACACAAAGUCAUCGGACAUGGUGGCGAAAAGAGAGGGGGCAUUGAAAGGUGAAACACUAAUCACAGUUCACAUGGGAUCAGAGUGGAUUACUCUCAAGACUGGCACGAUAACUGACACAACAACAUAUUUCAGACAUGAAUACCUGAUGCGUGUGACUCUGUUAUUUCAGUCGUAUAAACUGACUGUCAAAGCGAGAGGACAAGGAAACAAAACGUUUUCCCGUACAACCUUUUUUUUUUUUUUUUUUUUCUUUGUAGAGAGGAGUGCUAUUCUGUUCACUCACCUGAGUCAUUAGCACUUAUUUGAACGAUUUCAUCUUGAAAGCUGCAAGAUUAUAAAUGAUGUUAACUCUCAAAUUAAAAAAAUGUCAUUACUAUCUUUUUGUUGCGACUGCACAUGAAACUACAAUGUCUUCCUUUCUGUUUUCAGUGCUUACUCUUGUUGUAAGGUUAUAUUAUUAUUUAUGCUGUGAAUCGUGGGAUUACACUUGUUGAAAAAGGGGACCAUAGUAUCCAACAUAAAGCAUGCACUCCUGCAUACACAAUGAGUAUUGAUAGACAUGAAUUUGCAGAUUUGCACUAAAACCCCUCUCUAUGUACUUAAUGCAUGGUGUCCAGUGAUUUUGUGUUUAAUAUUAUCGUCAUAGUAACAUCUGCCAAAGUCAAAUAUAUGCUCUUACACUUCAUUUCAUACUUGUUUAUGGAAUGUUUCUUCAUUGUGACCUUUGUUUUACUGUGUUCAAUGCAGAUUUGAUGUCUUAGGAAUAACUCAGGCGUUGAUGGUGUAUUAUCCAAUCAGUAUUAGUCCUUGUCUCGGCGCUGCUUGACAUUUGCAGAGGAAAGAAGGGACUAUAGUGUCUCUGAAUCAAAGCACAAGACAGCAUUUUUAGGUGUUGAUUUGUCUUAUAGACACUUUUGAUUCAUGUUGUGUGAUGGUUUGUCCAGGGAGACAAUCUGGUUCACUUGAAAAAAGAAAA